CUCGUUUGGUUCGCCAAUCUGCCAACAAUGGCAGCACGUGUCCGCAUGUUGUUGUGGUUUAUAGGGACGUUUUAACGCCGAUUUUUCGGUAUUUAAGGGUUCAAGAGUCCCUAAAACCACCGAUUCACCGACGAAAUAAAAUAACCAAUCGGUACGAAUCGAAAAAACCGUAAAAAAUCGCCCACAAGUGUAAUUUAUCGCACUUUGACUGUUGCACAUGCUCGAGUUGACAAUCAGCAAGAAAAAGAUGGUAAGGCGGGCCAUUGAAGACAGUAUGAAAUUAUUUCCUCAUUUUUCGUUCCUCUGUUCAUUAACUCCUGUAGUUGAUUAACUGAAGACGCCAAAUAUGGACGAGAAUAUCUUGGGGUAUGAGACCAUAGAUGAGGCUUCCAGUCUGUUGCAGAAUGGAAUUCUUGUUGAGACUGGCAAAGGCCUGGUUUGUAUGUCGUUAAAUGACGCGAUCUCCUCCGGUCUGAAUUUAUCAGUUGAGGAUUUGAAAAAGGUGGCAAAUGAGUUAAUUUCGCAACAAAAUGUUGGAACCAAGGACAAAGUUUGUGUCAAAUCGUCCAUAAAUCUGGACAGUGAUGGGUUUUCGAGUGAAUGUAGUGACGUGAGCUUCACUUCAACGCCCAGCACCUCCUCCAGUUACAUCACUUUUACCUCACUAUCAAACUCUGAACUUACAACCACAAGUGUUACAAAAGACACCAAAAUCGUCACUUUCCUCCCAGUUAAGUCUCUACCUCCAGACUUCAAACAAGAGCCUAAGACAGUUGGCAGUGAAGUUGUCCCCAACCCUCCUAUUACCACCAUUGACGUCCACAAACCCCCAAAGAGACGCGGGGGAUGGCCCAAAGGCCGGAAACGGAAGCCGGAACUGAAAAAUUUGCCGCCGAAAGCACCCGCCACCGGAUACAAUCUCUAUCUCAAUGACCAGCGGAAGCUGUUUAAGGACAGCAAACUGGCGUUUCAUGAAAUUACCAAAGUUAUCGGGAACAAAUGGUCGAAUUUGAGUUUGGAGGAGAAACGGCCGUAUUUGGCCAAAGCAGAGGAGGACAAAAGGCGCUACAGGGAAGAACUUAAACAGUAUCGACAAUCAGACGCAUAUCGCGCGUAUUUGGCCAAAAAACGGCGGAAUCGGCUGCAGAAUAACGUGCUGUCAGAGAGCGACAUGGACGCCACCGAUGAAAUCGACGAGGAAGAUAACGAGGAGUUGUACUGCCGCACAUGCGACCAGUGGUUCCACAACUUGCACAACAAGCGCGAGCAUUUACAGGGCCGCCAACACACGCAAUCAGUGGCCGGCGACAUCAAGCGCGAAUUGGACCUUUCGGCGUCCGAUAGCGGCAUUUUUAGCACGUCUUUGGACGAAUCUAGUCUCGACGCAAUGCCUAACAUAUCAAAACAUGAAGACAAGUCAAGCUCGGUAUCUGAUGCCGUGGUUAAUUUAGUCGCGGCUGUUGCUAGGCGGGAGAGAGAAAUCAAAUCGUUGCAAAGGAAACUCCAAGAGACAAUAAUGGCACAAAGUGCGUUCUGCCAACAGUUAAAUGCGCUGAGACAGAGGCACUGUAAACUGAAAAAUGAUUUGAGUAGUUUGAAGGAACACGAAAGGAAUAUGGAAGCGAAGGUGGCGCAGCUGUGGCAAGUGCCCAGCUGGUUCAUCAUCACGGAUUUUAACACCGAUUUUAACGAUGAAAACAAGUAACAAGUUAAUCAGGAAAAAAGGUUAUGGGUUAUUUGUUUAUUUAUUUAUUGUUGACUGUACAGAUGGAGCGACAGGAUGUUAAAAUAAAACCGCUGAUCCUGUUUAUUUAUUUAAUAUUGUAUAAAACAAUAAACUGAAGGAUAAAUUGUUGAA